GUUUUGGCUCAUUGCACCACAGAUCUAGUGUGGUGCUUGACCUUCCAAAUUUGGUGCAUUUUAAAUAUUUCGAUAGGUUGGCCAGGAGCUACUCUCUCAUGAAUCUGAACUCACUUGAGGAAGCUCGCAUUGAAGUUUUAUUGGACAUGGAUAACCCUGUGUGGUCGGCUUCUUGUAGUGCUGUUCUUGGCCUCUUAUAUGGAGUUUCAAAUGCCAAGCAUCUAUUUAUUUGUGGCAAAUGCCUGGAGGGUCUUGACACUGAUGAAUAUACGUUGCCAACAUUCUGUAAUUUGCGACGAUUGGAGUUUGGCUGGAGCAAAUAUUUAAUAUGGAGACAUGUGUUGUGUCAGUUCCUCGAUAGUGCACCCAUGCUUGAGGAUCUAAAUUUCUCAGAGGUUAGGGGACUUCUUCUCUUGGACUUAUUUCAAUAUUGAAUGCUUAAAUAGACUGAAACAUACCAGACCAACAUUAAAUAAUACGGAGUAAUAAACUCUCACAUAACAUCAUACUAUAACAUAUCAUAGCAAACUUGUGCAGACCAUAUCACAAAAUUCUAGUCCAAAUGGGCAGGUUUUGAGUCGAAAUAAUAACAAAUUUGUAUGAGUAAUUUUUUUAUUUGGCCUCCAUAAUUUUGGCGAUUCCUGUAGGGUCUUUUUCAUCGUAAAAGCGAUUCUGAUGAGUACAGUGACAAGAACUUUUGGGCUAGACAACGGAAAACGCCUGUUUGUCUCUCUUCUCAUGUCAAGACCAUUAUGAUAGACUCUUUUCAUGGUUUUGGGGAAGAAGUGAAGAUCGCAAGGUAUCUUCUCAGACACGGUAAGGUUUUGGAGAAGCUAAUAUUGGAUUAUGACAUCCAAUCAAGUGAGGACGAGCGAGAACUAAAGAAACUACUCAAGGCCAAAAGGGCCUCCAAAGAAUGUAUAAUUGAGUUGCUGUUUUGAUGUUCAGCGAUACAUCCCACGAUGCUCAUUUGUGGUGUUUUUAUUUAUUUUUUGUCAGUAGCAUUAUCUUUUACUUUGGUAAUCAGUGCGAGCGAAUUGGACCUCUGCUGAUGAUUUUAAUGGAUUGACAUGGAAUUAUCU